CUUUCUGAUCACAAUAAUUUCUUUUUUUAGUGAUUUAUUCUUGAAAGCAGUUGUAAAAUUAUAAUUCAUUAAUCAGUUAUCUAAUUUUUUUUUAUCUGAAACCAGCUGCAAUAUUAAACACAACCAAUCUUCAACUAAAACACAUCAAUUAUUCACGCUAUAUUCAACUUUAUCUAAGAAAUGAUGUCAUUCCAAGCAGCCAUGGAGAAAAAGAUUGAAGCGUUAAAAAAGCGUUUCAAUGAAUUAGAUAAAGAUAAAGAUGGCUUUGUGACAUCUAUAGAAUUUGAAGAGGAAUUGAUAAAUCAAGGGUUUCCAAAAUGCUUAGCUUCUAAAUUUAUGUUAAAAUUUGAUCUUGAUAAAGAUGGAAAAAUUACUGAACAAGAAUUCAUCCAAACACUUACAUGCACAGAUGAUAAUGCCAUUUCUUCAAAAAGCGAAUAAUCGGUGUACAUCACUGAUGCGUUCGGUGAUUAAACGUUCUACAUUCUGUCAAAAUAGGAAAGAAAAUCUUCUUUUGUCUGUCCAUAUAAAUCAAUGCUGUUUAAUUUGUUGAUUCAAAUUCGUAUUCCCCUUUAUACACUACUGAAUAGAUCAUGUAUUUUCAAUUAUUUGAAUCAAUGAUAAUUUGUAACCAGUUGAAAUCUGUUUCAUUGAAUAUUUUUGUUAAAAUAAAUUGAUAAAACUUCUUAAAAAAUAAUAAAAGUCAGCUAUGCUGUUUUA